AUCUUUAAAGAUCUUCUCUCUUAUGGUAGCAAUCGAUAGAGAAGAUCACCAUCACGUGCACUCGCUCACGUGUCGAUAAAGGUGCGCUUUUUUCCCCCAGUUAAAGAUAAUGAGUCAAUGACAAUUAAAAUUGCGGCGAAAAAAUAUUAUUCUGGUCUGAGUCAAUUCCUAAUUAGGCAACUCUGAUAAGUGAAAAAAAAAAAAAAAAAAGCGCUGCUGCUUCCUCCUUCUGUCAGCAUAAUCUGUUUGUCGCUCCGAUGAAUAAUUUAUGACACUGUGAAAAUUUUCAUGUUUUUCAUCAUAACUGAUUUAUAUAUAACAUUACACUUUCUUUCUAAAUUUUUUAUUUAUAGCUUUCUUUUCUUUCCUUUUCACUUUUCCAAUUCCUCCAAAAAGAAAGAAUAACACUAGUUACUAUGUCAGUUUCUUCUAAUCCAUAUGGUCCUCAUCCAUCUGAUUUUUUAUCAAAUGUUCGUAAUUUCGAAUUAAUCGAAUCAACCUUAAGAGAAGGUGAACAAUUCGCCAAUGCUUUUUUCACUACUGAAAAGAAAAUUGAAAUCGCUAGAGCUUUAGAUGAUUUCGGAGUUGAUUAUAUCGAAUUGACUUCUCCUGUUGCUUCUGAACAAUCAAGAAAAGAUUGUGAGGCUAUUUGUAAAUUAGGUUUAAAAGCCAAGAUCUUAACUCAUAUCAGAUGUCAUAUGGAUGAUGCUAGAGUUGCUGUUGAAACCGGGGUCGAUGGGGUUGAUGUUGUCAUUGGUACUUCUCAAUUCUUAAGACAAUAUUCUCAUGGUAAAGAUAUGAAUUAUAUUGCUCAAUCUGCUGUUGAAGUCAUUGAAUUCGUUAAAUCAAAAGGGAUUGAAAUCAGAUUCUCAUCUGAAGAUUCAUUCAGAUCUGAUAUCGUCGAUUUAUUAAACAUAUAUAGAACCGUUGACAAAAUCGGAGUGAAUAGAGUUGGGAUUGCUGAUACUGUCGGUUGUGCUAAUCCAAGACAAGUUUAUGAAUUAGUCAAGACUUUAAAAUCUGUCGUCAGUUGUGAUAUUGAAUGUCAUUUCCAUAAUGAUACCGGUUGUGCUAUUGCUAAUGCUUAUACUGCUUUAGAAGCUGGUGCCAAAUUGAUUGAUGUCAGUGUUUUAGGUAUUGGUGAAAGAAAUGGUAUAACUCCAUUAGGUGCUUUAAUGGCAAGAAUGAUCACUGCUGAUAGAGAUUAUGUUUUAUCCAAAUAUAAAUUACACAAAUUAAGAGAUUUAGAAAAUUUAGUGGCUGAUUCUGUUCAAGUUAAUAUUCCAUUUAAUAAUCCAAUUACUGGAUUUUGUGCUUUUACUCAUAAAGCUGGUAUUCAUGCUAAAGCCAUUUUAGCUAAUCCAUCAACUUAUGAAAUUUUAAAUCCAUCUGAUUUCGGUUUAACUAGAUAUAUUCAUUUUGCCAAUAGAUUAACUGGUUGGAAUGCUAUUAAAUCAAGAGUUGAUCAAUUGAAUUUGAAUUUAACUGAUGAUCAAGUUAAAGAAGUUACUAAUAAAAUUAAACAAUUAGGUGAUGUUAGACCACUUAAUAUUGAUGAUGUUGAUUCUAUAAUUAAAGAUUAUCAUACUGGUAUAAUGACUCCAGCUUUAAAGCCAGCUGAAUCAAAUGGUAGAGAAGUUAGUGAAGAACCAUCAGCUAAGAAACCAAAAACUGCUUAAGAAUUAUAGUUUUUAAUCGUAGUAGUUUUUGUUCAUUCAUUCAUCGUCAUUUCCAGAAAAACCUCCAUUUCAAAAAAAAAAAAGUUACAAGUAACAUUCAAUUGUUACUUUUUCCAUUCUUCCCAUUCAGUUCUUCCUUGUUCAUCAAAAGGGUUGUUGAUGUUUCAAGCUCGAAAACUUUUUUAUAUACGAUUUUCAUGACUAUAAUAAUUUGCCUUUUAUACUUUAACUCAGUUCUUUUAUUUUAUCGUUUUCGUUCAUUUAAAAUGUA